AUACACUUUCAAAGAUAAUUGGGCGAUAGAGAGCCACUAUUUCUCGCUGGCCUGCUACUAUACUUGCCGUUACUGCGGCAUGCGCUUCAACAAGCAACGCCACAAAUUCACCGAGCACGUCGACGAACACAAGGCCCAGAACCACGACAUCUCCGAAAAGGUGUACGCCGCCAGCAAGCUGAGCAACAUCAUCCCCAAGGUGAUUCACCCUCCGAAACCCCGUAGGAUAGUCGUGACGCAACACAAUCCACCUCCGCAGAUGCUUGCGCAAAACAGCCAGCAACAGAAUGCCACGCUGAACAGUUUGCUACAGCAACAGCAACAAUUCAAUGCCUCGGCGCAACAGCCCGUCAAGUUGAGGAGCUUCAUGGAAAGGAAGACGCUCCAGCCGAACUUGCAGAACGUGAAGAUUAAGGAGGAGCCGCAGGACCAGAGAGAGGUCAUCACAUCGCAGUCUAUAACCGGCAAUCAGGCAUUUUUCUGCAGGAAGUGUUACAAGGUUUUCUUCAAAUUGGACGAGUUCAACAUCCACAGCAAACAAUGCGACUACAACCAGUUCCCGCAAUCGCGUAACUUGGCCCCGAAACCAGGAUACCCCUCGAAGAAUGGAGAAGUUUCGCCGGCAGGUCGCCCUCUGCGAAAUUGCGCCAAAGAAAUCGGUCCGUACAAGGACGAGGCUUACCUGCCCGAUUCGGUGCUGAAAGAACCGAAACAGCAGUCAUCUCCGCAGAGCUUCGUUUGCUUCAUCUGCAACACGCCCUUCCCCACUAUAUAUUCGAGGAAUAGUCACAUGCGUAUCCACAAAGGUGAAACGCAAACAGGUAACAACUUCAAGCCCCGGAUCCAUCUGAACCAACUGAAUUACCGUAUGCCCCCGCAACAUCAGAACAACCAACACUAUCAGCAACAUCACCAGCAGCAGCAGCAGCCCAUGAUGCCCGUCGAUGUGAUGAUCAAGCAGGAGCCGAUGGACAUGCCCAUGGAGCCGAUGGUGGAGAUCCACGAGCCGGAACAGGGCAAUUUUCCGGAUUCCAUAGGCGAUGGAGCGGUCAGCAUCACGCCCAUCAGCAAAAACCCCAAGCAGAGGCCAACGAUCAAUCCGAACGUUAUGAAGAUUGUGCAGAGCAACCCGAACCUGUCGAUUAAGAAAUCUCCAGAGAAAUUCCCGCUGGCUCAUCCGCAGAUGCCGAGCGGAUCGCACCUACAGAUGCUUUCGCUACCUGAUCCCGACAGAACUUACAAGUGCUCGUCUUGUUGGGAAGCUUUUGCUAACAAGUCACACCUCUAUUUCCACAAGAAGAACCAGUGCGAGGGCUCGCGGUUGCCGUGUCCUUUCUGCAAGAAGCGCUUCGGCACAGAGGCGGAAUACAGUUCGCAUAUAUAUUACAGCCAUCCUGAGUAGGACGACGGGCAAAGACACUUUUUAGAGUAUUAUAUUUACGAGUCGGUGGCAAGGUCGAGUUGGGUACUGGUGAUUAGAUGUUUGAAGGUAUGUUUUUUACGUUCGACAAGGUAGUGACAGAGUGUUCUUGGAGACGAGUGUGAGGUGAUUACAAAGUUUGCCCAACGUUAGUUGGGCAAAGUGACCUCAGUGAUAUUCUGAUUUCUCCUCAGGGUAAACUAGUCUGGUUGGUGAUUGAAAUAGGUGGUUGAGGUGUGAUUGAGGAAAAUUCAUGAAGUGUCAUGAGCCUGUCCUAUUAAUUUCUGAAAGAAAAUACCCCGUUCGAUUAGGAUUGUCGACUUUUUGUCAUUAUCGACUGUAAUGUUGACAAUCUUUGAUGAUACAGUUCUUGAGGAGGGAAGAUAGUAGGAUCAUUAUGAUUUAAUUUGUCUCUGACACUUUCUUAUAGUUACUUAAAAACUUCAAUUAUUUCCUGCUUGUUAGAAUUCCUAAAAAAGUAGUAUUUGUGAACCUUUCGUUUUAUGUUUUGUUUUAAAUUGUUGAUUUUUAUUACGACCGGAAUUUUAAAUUUAUCAAUAAUAUUUUUAUUUUGAUAGUUAUGACUAUGGGUCACCUCUGAUUUUUAGUAAUUGAAUUUUAAAGUUCUCAAUAAUUCAGAAAAGUCACUUAUAAAUAUGAGAAUGCAUAUAAUAUGUCACUUGUGACAGUCUAAAAUGACUUGAUUGUGAUCAAGUACUCUAGAUUCAAAUCCAUUGAUGUAGAAAAUGAAACAGCAUUAUAUUCGUUUUACUUGAAAUGAAAAAUACGUAUCGAGAAAACAUUUACACUAGAGAGUUUAAAUGGAGAACAAUACAACAGUUUGGAAAAAUGUAAAUUCCUCAAAUGAAUUAUGUAUGGAAUGAAAAUAACAUUCUUUGUUCUUUUUUACUUUCAUGAUUUUUUAUGUUGGAUGAAAAUUAAGUAUGUUGAAUUGACCUAAACAACUAUAAAACAUUCUAACUAUAGUAGCUUAAACUAUUCUCUAUGCGAGCUUUUAGAAAACAUCAAUUUAUAAACAAGACAAGUAUCACAAUAAACAAUAGAAAAAAGCCUUUGGCCUGAUUUUAUAUACAUGUAUAUGAACAUAUGUAUCACUACAAUCAUUUAAAAGAAAGCUUUAUCUUUCAUUAAAUCUCACGGGGACUACU